AUGGCAUCCAAACUGUCUUCCCACGGCUACAUCUCCUCGAACGACAGCAAGUUGUUCUAUGAGACGGAGGGAAACUCGAAUGGGCCCACGAUCUUGUUCAUUCAUGGCCUAGGCGGCACGACGAACGCUUUUCAGCCUUUUAUCCCCGACCUCCAAGACUUCAACAUUGUGCGCUUUGAUUGGUCUGGUCAUGGCCGAAGUACUACGCCGGCGACCACUAGCAUCGACUCUUAUGUCGGAGAUUGUCUUGCUGUGAUGGACGAGUUGAAGUUGAAGGACGUCAACGUCGUUGGACAUUCAUUAGGUGGCUUGAUUGCUUUACACCUGGCAGCCAAGGCCGCUGAUCGGAUCAAAAGCCUCGUCUUGUUUGGUCCCGUCAGUCCCCCGCCAGAGGCUGGCCAACAAGCACUAAAAGGCCGUGCCAAAGCUGUCCGGGAGAAUGGCAUAGUGGGAGUCGCCGACACCGUGGUUGGGAACGCUUUCGCUCCGGAGUCGUACAAGUCAAAGAGAGGCGAAGUGGCGCUAGCCCGCGAAAUGUUGACGCGACAAGACCCUGAAGGUUACGCUCUGGCCUGUGAGGCGUUGGCCAAGGGCCAGGCUGCUCCUUUCGACCGCAUCAAGGUGCCAGUUGCUGUCGUAUCAGGCAAGGAAGACAAAGUCUCCACCGUGGCAGCUGGUGAGACGGCGACCAAGAAUCUGGGAUCGAAUGCGAAGCAGACGGUCCUCGAAAGUGUAGGACACUGGCAUAUGCUCGAGGCAACUGAGAAGUCGGUUGAGAUCAUCAAGAGCACCUUCUCAUAG